UUACUUCUACAAUGGCGGACUCACCAUGUGAGCCACGAGCAAAAAGGCAAAAAGUUGAUAAGGCAGGUCGUUUUGCUGCCCUGGCCAAACUGAAAGAAUUAAAAGGUAGCAAACAUAAGUAUGAAGUUGAAGAGGAGGUCGAUAGUGUAUAUGAAAUAGUCGAUGAACGUGAAUAUGCAAAGAAAGCAAAGGAAUUAUAUGGUGAUGAUUGGAUAGAAGAUGAUGGCACCGGCUAUGCCGAAGAUGGUCGUGACUUUUUCGAAGAUGAGGAUGAAUAUUCAGAUGAUGAUGGUGCCGCCAAGACAUCUAAAGAUCAAAAGAAAGGUGCCAAGAAACGUCCACGGGAAAGUGAUAAACCAGCCAAAGGCAAAGGUUCCAUACGAAAUCUCUUCAGCAAUGCUGUACCUAAAAAAGCACCUGCAACUUCAAUUAAAGAUGAUGACAUUUUGAACGAUAUCUUGGGUGAGCUGCAAGACAAACCCAAAGACGCUUCAACUUCCAAUGAAGCAGCCAAACCACAAAAAGUAAUUGCCCCUGCCCGUAUUGUUACCAAUGCCAGAAAAUCAGAUGCGGCUGUGGCCAAGGAGUAUAUGAACAGUUUCAUCAACAACAUCAACAUGAAAGAGUCGUCAAAGAAGACUAAAGAGACCAGUGAUGAUGAACUACUAGAUAGUAUUCUUAAAUCAAAACCAAAAGAAAAACCGAAAACUUCCACAGCACCGGUUGCAACUGUCGUAAAACAACAAGAAACGAAAGUAGUUGAACCCAAAGAAGAGAAUAAAGAAAACACUAAAGAAUUAAAAUCUGUUCCAAAAGAAAAAGAAGAAAUCGCUGUCGCAUCAUCUUCUAAGGAACCUGUUAUACCAGAUGAUGAUAUGGAUUUCAGUUGUUUACAGGAUGAUGAAAAUCAAUUUGAUUUGGAGAAAACUGUUGGAUCUACCAAAACCGUUGAAACGCCCACAAAAACAAAAGUACCCGCUCCAACUCCCGAGGAAGAUAUGCAAAAAUUACUCAAUAAUUGGGAAAAUAUUUGUCAAAUGGAUGAUUUUAAUGAAGAACUGACAUCUGCUCCGGUAACUAAUGGCACAGAUGCCUUGAGUGCCCAAGAGAAUUUACGUUUCUGGUAUUGGGAAGCAUGGGAAGAUCCAUUACGUCGUCCAGGUGAAGUUUUUCUCUUUGGUCGUACCCAAGAGGGUAAAUCGAUUAGUGUACGGGUGGAGAAAAUUGAUCGGGUUAUAUAUCUACUGCCGAGAGAAUAUCUUUUGGAUCCCAUCACCAAGGAACCAACGAAACAAAAAGUCACACUGGCAGAUUUGUAUAAAGAAUUCGAUGAAACCAUAUCGAACGAUUUGAAACUUGGCGAGUUUCGUUCACGCAAAGUAACAAAGAAUUUUGCAUAUCAUUCGAUAGGAAUUGAUGUACCACAACAAUGCGAUUAUAUGGAAGUGCAUUACGAUGGCAAGAAACCUCCACCAAAUACUAAAGUUAAAUAUAAUUCCAUUGCUCAUAUUUUCGGUACAAAUACCACAUCUCUGGAAAGAUUUAUAUUGGAUCGUAAAAUAAAGGGACCUUGUUGGUUAAAUUUGAAACAAUUCAAAGUAAAUCCUGCACCGAUGAGUUGGUGUAAAAUUGAUGUUACCGUUAGUGAACCGAAGUUUGUGGUACUAACUGAAGACCCCAAGCCAGUGCCACCACCACCCAUUACUCUGCUAACGUUAAAUGUACGCACAUCGCUUAAUAGCAAAACGCUGAAAAAUGAAAUAUGCAUGAUAUCCAUGUUGGUUCACAAUCGUUUUCAAGUUGAUAAGCCACCACCAAAUCCGCCAUUCAAUAAACAUAUGUGCGGCCUUACUCGACCUGCAAUGUGCACUUGGCCAUUUGAUUUGAAUGCCAAGUUAACCAAAUUCAACGCCACCAAGAUCUUCAAACAUGACUCCGAAAGGGCUUUGCUCAGUUGGUUCUUGGCUCAAUAUCAACAAAUUGAUGCCGAUCUCAUUGUGACACACGAUGCACUGGAUUGUCAACUGGAUGUUAUAGCUGAUCGUAUUGUCACUUUGAAAAUACCACAAUGGUCUCGAUUGGGCCGUCUGCGUAUGUCUCAAGCAUUCGGCAAGAAAAUGUUGGAUUUCUUUAUAGGUCGUAUGGUUUGUGAUGUGAAACGUUCCGCCGAGGAAUGUAUACGAUCCAGAUCCUACGAUUUACAAACUCUGUGCCAAAAUGUCUUGAAAAUCAAAGAAAAUGAUCGCAUGGAAGUGAACGAAGAAGAUCUCUUGGAAAUGUUUGAAACUGGUGAUGGUGUUAUAAAAUUGGUAACCCUAACCAUGCAGGAUGCAUCAUUCAUCUUAAGGCUAAUGUGCGAUUUGAAUAUUAUGCCAUUGGCUCUGCAAAUAACCAAUAUUUGUGGUAAUAUUAUGACUCGUACUCUACAAUCGGGUCGAUCGGAACGUAAUGAAUAUUUGCUGUUGCAUGCCUUCACGGAAAAGAAUUACAUAGUACCCGAUAAGAAGAAAAGGGAAUUCAACAACACAACCAUUGACUCUGAGUCCAUGGAUGCAGAUAGUACAACAGCCAAUGCCACGUCUGCUGCAGGCGGUGGACGUAAAAAAGCUGCAUAUUCCGGUGGUUUGGUGUUGGAUCCCAUCCGCGGUCUUUAUGACAAAUAUAUUCUAUUGAUGGAUUUCAAUUCUCUAUAUCCGAGUAUUAUACAGGAAUAUAACAUUUGUUUUACCACAGUUCAACAACCAUACAACCCGGAGGAUGUACCACAAUUACCGGAAUCGUCGCUGGAACCCGGUAUAUUGCCGCAACAAUUGAGGCGUUUGGUCGAAUCACGUCGUGAAGUUAAAAAGCUAAUGGCUCAACCAGAUCUUUCACCCGAAUUGCAAAUGCAAUAUCACAUCCGUCAAAUGGCUUUGAAAUUGACGGCCAAUUCCAUGUACGGUUGUUUGGGUUUUGCCCAUUCGCGUUUCUUUGCUCAGCAUUUGGCCGCUUUGGUUACCCUAAAAGGUCGUGAAAUUCUCAUGAAUACCAAAUCUUUGGUACAAAAAAUGAACUACGAAGUCGUCUAUGGUGAUACAGAUUCCAUUAUGGUUAAUACCAACAUCACCGACUAUGAUCAGGUAUUUAAAAUCGGAAGCGGCAUUAAGCAGAGUGUUAAUAAAUUAUACAAACAAUUGGAAUUGGAUAUUGAUGGUGUAUUCAGCUGUCUAUUGUUGCUGAAAAAGAAGAAAUAUGCAGCCGUUAAAGUUGUCAAGACAGCAAAGGGUGAAUUGAAAAAGGAACAGGAACACAAAGGUUUGGAUAUUGUACGUCGUGAUUGGUCUCAAAUUGCAAUUAUGGUUGGUAAAGUGAUACUCGAUGAAGUGUUAUCGGAUAAACAACUUGAUGAUAAACUUGAUGCGGUGCAUUCACAUUUGGAAAAGGUACGCGAUCAAAUAUUAGCCGGUGAUGUUCCCCUGCCAAUGUUUGUGAUUACCAAACAAUUGUCUAAAGCCCCAACUGAUUUUAACAACUCUUCAACUCAACCUCAUGUUCAAGUUGCAUUGCGUAUGAAUAAAACUCGUAAUCGCCGAUAUAAAAAAGGCGAUAUGGUCGAUUAUGUUAUAUGUCAGGAUGGAACGUCGAAUGCUGCCACACAAAGGGCAUACCAUUUGGAUGAGUUAAAGGGUAGUGAAACAUUAAAAUUGGAUACCGACUAUUAUCUAUCAUCGCAAAUUCAUCCGGUUGUAACGCGUAUGGUUGAGGUGUUGGAUGGAACAGAUGCAAGUCGUGUGGCUGAGUGUUUGGGUCUGGAUCCAACUAAAUUUAGAGCACAAGUUCAGAGAACCUAUGAAGAGCGUGCCGUCGAUUCCACUGGCGAGUCUUUGGUCAAGAGCACUUUACAAAAAUAUCGUGCCUGUGAAAAAUUCAAAUUCAUAUGUGUACGUUGCAAAACUGAAAAUAUUGUGGCGGCAGCAUUUAAACCAUCUGCUGGUAAUACCUAUGAAGCUGUUCUGCAAAAAUGCUCGAAUCCCGAUUGUUCCAUUGGACCGUAUCAAUAUGUCAUAGCCAUACGUAAUCAAUUAAUACUUAGUAUGCGUUCAUUUAUUACACGCUUCUAUCAGAAUUGGUUAGUGUGCGAUGAUCCGGCCUGUAAUCAAAAUACUCGCUGUUAUACACACGUGACCAGUGGUCGUCGUCCCGUUUGCAUGCGCUGUAAAAAUGGUACACUGGUGCGGCAAUAUACCGAAAGAGAUCUCUAUGAUCAGUUAAGUUACUUCCAAUAUAUGUUUGAUUUGUCAAAACAUCAGCAUAAAAAUGUUACCAUAUCACCUGAGGUUUCCGCAGCUUAUCACGUGUUACGUGAAACGGUUGAUCAGCAAUUAGAGAAAUCCGCAUAUUGCACUAUUGCCCUGUCGAAACUAUUUGCCGGUUGGAAACCAUUGCAUCAAGAUGAAAUUAUACCUCAAAAGAAAAUCGAUAUGCCAACGGUACAGGUUGCAGCCACAUUGGAUGAUAUAUAGUUUGUAGGAAAGU